GCCACCAAUCUUCUCCAUCUUCGCCCCCUUCCGUUUCCAUUUCUCUUAACGAAAAAAAUGGAUCCAGUUAACACAUGGGGCAACUCCUCCCUUGAAUCCGUCGACCCAGAAAUGCAUGACCUCAUCGAGAAAGAGAAGCGCCGUCAAUGCCGCGGCAUCGAGCUCAUCGCUUCCGAGAACUUCACUUCCUUCGCCGUUAUCGAAGCCCUCGGCAGUGCCCUCACCAACAAGUACUCCGAGGGCAUGCCCGGUAACCGUUACUACGGUGGCAACGAAUUCAUCGACGAGAUCGAGAAUCUCUGCAGGUCUCGCGCUUUGCAGGCUUUUCAUCUCGACCCCACUAAGUGGGGUGUCAAUGUGCAGCCGUACUCCGGUUCUCCGGCUAACUUCGCUGCUUACACGGCGGUUUUAGAGCCGCAUGAUCGGAUCAUGGGGCUGGAUUUACCCUCCGGUGGUCAUUUAACUCAUGGGUAUUAUACCUCUGGUGGGAAGAAGAUCUCUGCUACUUCAAUUUACUUUGAGAGUUUGCCUUAUAAGGUGAACCCCAGCAAUGGGUACCUCGACUACGAUAAGUUGGAAGAAAAGGCAUUGGAUUUUAGGCCUAAGCUUAUCAUUUGCGGUGGCAGUGCUUAUCCUAGGGACUGGGAUUACGCUAAAUUCAGGGCUGUUGCGGAUAAAUGCGGGGCUCUUUUGAUGUGCGAUAUGGCUCACAUUAGCGGCCUCGUUGCUGCUCAGGAGGCGGCGAAUCCAUUUGAGUUCUGUGACCUUGUUACAACCACCACCCACAAGAGCUUGAGGGGUCCUAGGGCCGGUAUGAUCUUCUACCGCAAAGGACCAAGGCCCCCAAAGAAGGGCCAACCUGAAGGUGCGGUGUAUGAUUUUGAAGACAAAAUCAAUUUUGCGGUUUUCCCAUCCCUUCAGGGUGGUCCGCACAAUCACCAGAUUGGUGCUUUGGCUGUUGCCUUGAAACAAUCCAUGUCACCUGGGUUCAAGGCUUACGCUAAACAAGUUAAGGCCAAUGCAGUUGCCAUUGGAAAGUACCUUAUGAGCAAAGGAUACCAGCUUGUUACAGGAGGAACCGAGAACCACCUUGUUCUUUGGGAUCUCCGACCUCUCGGAUUGACUGGCAACAAGGUUGAGAAACUUUGUGACCUGUGCAGCAUCACUGUCAACAAGAAUGCUGUAUUUGGUGACAGCAGUGCGUUGGCACCUGGAGGAGUACGAAUUGGUACCCCUGCCAUGACUUCGAGAGGUUUGGUUGAGAAAGACUUUGAACAGAUAGGUGAGUUCCUCCACCGAGCGGUGACCAUGACCUUGGACAUCCAAAAGCAGUACGGAAAGCUCUUGAAGGACUUCAACAAAGGUUUGGAGAACAACAAGGAGAUCGAAAAACUGAAGGCUGAUGUCGAAAAGUUUGCAUCCUCAUUUGACAUGCCGGGUUUCAAGAUGUCCGAAAUGAAGUACAAGAAUUAGAUCUUAUAUAUAUUUAUGGUUUUAUUCAUGCUUAUUGCUAUUAUUAUCAGCAUAUGUGUCAUCUGGAAAUUUGUCUCUGCUGAUUUCCAAGGAGUUGAAAUUAGAAAAAAAAAAUGGAAAAGAAAAUGAAGUAAAGGCUUCCAUCUAUGGUAUGUUUUUUUCAAGUUUUUUAAGCCCAUCACUUGUGAGAGCUUCUAUAAAAACUAUGUAACAAUUUUAUAUAUUGUUUUUGUGGCUGGAAAGUUUAGGGUUUUAAUUACCAAUAAACGAGAAAUUUGGGUUUAUAAUUGGUAAAUAAAAGGGUCAUCUUUUGCAAA